CAGCGGUGGCUGGGGAGGUGGCGGCAGAGGUGUUUGUCAUGGUGACAAAGACUGAACGAGGAAGACAGAAAAGAGGAGUGAUGAAAGCUGGUGAGGAGAAAAGAGGGAAAAGAGGGAGGAGAAGAGCAGGAGGCAGAAUAUCCGUAAUCGAGUGGUCACUGGUGUUGGAGACACUUGCGGAGUUCAUCAUGGGGUCUGUAAGAGCCCCCCGCCGAUUGGAUCUGUUUGUCGUUUUGACUUUUCUGUCCUCGUUUAUCAACGCGAACCGGAUUAACACGGACGCACCGGACCUCAAAUCCACCGGGCUUGGGGUGAAGGAGCACUUGCAGAUUGUUGCCCAACACAAUAGACUGCGCAGCCGGGUCAAACCAAUGGCAGCUAACAUGCAAAAAAUGGAGUGGAAUGAGAAGUUGGCCUUACUUGCGAAGGAGAGAGCAGCGUCCUGCCACACAGACCCCUCCCCUCAACACUCCUCAUCUUUCACUCAUAUUGGCUGGAAUACACAUUUCUCUCCAUAUGGUGUCACCUCAUUUUCUGACAUCACUGACAUUUGGUUUGAGGAGGAAAAAGAUUUCCUCUUCUUCAAUGGACAAUGUAGAGAGAAUGCCACUUGUCAGCACUACACACAGCUGGUGUGGGCCACUUCAAGUCACGUGGGCUGUGCCAGCCAUCUGUGUCUGAGAGAAGGAGACCCCUGGGAGAUGUUUGUCUGUGCUUAUUACCCCGGGGGCAACUGGGAGGUGAAUGGUCAGCUGGUGAUACCCUAUAAGACAGGGUUGUACUGCUCUCUCUGCACCUCGUCCAUGUCUGGCUGCUUUAGACUGUGGGACCAUGUGGGUGGAUUGUGUGAGAUUCCAAGGAACCCAUGCCGCAUGAGCUGCGGUCAGCACGGCCAUCUUAACAUCUCAUCCUGCAAGUGCGAGUGUGAUCAGGGGUUUACUGGACGCUUCUGCCAGGUGCGGUGCAGUGUGCAAUGUGUGCACGGUCGUUUCAAAGAAGAAGAAUGCUCUUGCUUGUGCGAUAUUGGCUAUGGUGGUGCUGAGUGUGCAGAGAAAGUGCAGUUUCCCUUUCACCGCUGUGAUGUCAUGAUAGAUGGAGAUUGCUUCACAGUGUCUCCACAAGCUGACACCUACUAUGGAGCCAAGAGACACUGUCAGGACCAAGGAGGUAUUCUAGCUCAGAUCCACAAUCAGAAGGUUCAGGACAUCCUGGCAUUUUAUCUCAGUCGCCUGGAGACCAGCAAUGAGGUCACCAACGCUGACUUUGAGACACGAAACUUCUGGAUAGGUUUGACAUAUAAGCCUCUGAAAGACUCAUUUCGAUGGGACACAGGUGAGAUCUCAAGAUUCAGCAGCUUUGCCUUUGGGCAACCUGACAACCAUGGCUUUGGAAACUGUGUAGAGCUGCAGGCAUCAAGUGCCUUUAACUGGAACGAUCAGCGCUGCAAAACACGGAAUCGAUACAUCUGCCAGCAUGCUGCAGAGCACAUUGCCCGCUGGGAAGCUGGCAGGUGACAGACUUGGAUAUUUCAAAGGGCUGAAACCUGGUGUGCUGUAUAUGUUACAUGUUCGUUGGAAAUACCUUCAGUUAAUGAUCGCUUUUGCUCCUACAUUUGUAUGUUCUUAUGUAUACUGUACAUGUUUCAA